CAACUCAGUACAACAAAUAAUAUAAUAAAAAGAUACAUCAAUCACAUGGAGUGAAAAUUCAAGGACUCGAUGUAGUAGUAGAAGACGGAGGGGAGAAGAACGGAAUAUUAAUGGAUGGGAGAUUAGUCGGAAGAGAAGGAAUUACUGUCGGAAAUGAAGGCAAAGUUGGCAUUGGAGGCAUUGCAGUGGGAAUCGUGGGAAGCUUUGGUUGUGGCAAAGUUGAUGGCAUUGGAAAUGGAGGCAUUGCAGUGGGUAUUGUGGGAAGAGUUGGUAGAGUCGGUUGUGGCAAUGUUGAUGGCAAUGGAGGUAGCCCCAUUGUCGGGAUAGGUAAAUUUGGAAUUUGAGGAAGAGGUUGUUGCUGGAGAAGCUUUCGCGAGGCCGAGCAAGUGUUGAUCGUAUUAAAGAAAGAGAGACUCACUAAAAAAGCAAUGAAAAAGAACUUGUAUGAUGCCAUUUUUAGGUGUGUUAAUGUAUCUCUCUGAUUAUGGCUAAGCCUCCUUAAAUGCUUCACUUGUAUUUGCUUUGUGCUGAUGAGAAAUUUAAAG